AUGGAAGUUGAUAGCCGCAAUGGGGAAGUCGGAACCGAGGAGCUCGUCUUCAGUCGAUCUCUUCUAUUUCUCCGGCAGUUGCUGCAUGGAUUGCGAACUCGACCGCGUUACAACUCACCUCAAAGCGCAAGCAAUUCUCCGCCCAGCUUUGCUGAGCGUCCACUGAAAGGUGACACUGUUACCUUCCAUUAUCAGUGUUUCGGAGGGGGACCUUCACCACCAAAGAUAGCCUCGAUGACCGUCGGCGGUCUAUCGACGGCUGCCGAGCUUAACGAUAUGCUCAUUCAGUUGAGUCGGUUCUCUAAGUUCAGCCUUAUUCAUGGAGGGCAGAAGCUUGAGUUACUCCAAAGGCCGGAUACUUUGGUCAAGGAACUUAAGCUAGACUCGGGCCUGCUCAUGAUUCGAAAGGCUGCCGAUGCCCAAGAGAUUACUUCGGCUGGGUUGAGUCGAUCUAUGACCGCUGUCGAUAAGGAAGUGUUGAAGCAUUUCGACGAGCUGUAUGAUCUGCUUAAUCUGAAGGAUGCCUUGGCUCAACAAAUAAUCGACUUCCUCAUUGUUUUCCCGCCGCAGGGGCAGGCUCUGGAACUUGUCAAAUCCAAUGAUAACUCAGAGGUGCACAUGUUCCCGUUGAACACACCAUUUAAGGCUUUGUAUUCAUUGCACACGCUUUCAAUCUGUCUUCACGGUGUGGCACUGGCUGUAGAUAUGACUGCCAAACAGAACUUUGUCUCUCAUAGUAUUCAGGUCCUGGUUGCGUUUUUGACGUCCGAUGAACUGUUCGACUCGCUUAGUGGCAACUCAAUAACCACAAUGCUUGCGUCAAGAGCUGUUGAAUGUCUUCUGUUGGCUAUCUCCGUGCACCGUCGAACUGAUGGCAACUCAGUUCUCAUCUUCGAUCCAAUGUCUUUGGUCUCACGUAUUCUCAGUCUCCUCGAAAUAGGCCGCAAUGGCCCUAUUGGUCCUCAGACUAGCGCAUGCGCCCAAAGUUUGGUUUGCAACUCCUUUGCAGUGUUGGUCGAAGCUUCAUUGCGCGAUCGAGAUUUCUGGAAUGCGGCCAAGCAGCAUGUGCAAUUUGAUGAGCUGAUCUUGUCAUUACUCUUGAAUGAGAGUCGAACGCCAAUUCGAAAGGAAAUAAUGGAGCGCCUCAAGAUCAUGAGUGGUCCUUUAAAGCCACUGAACAUGCAAAUGAAACUUGCUGAUGAGGAAUCCCCGAUCGCUGAAAACCCUAUUCGAAUUGACAUGCUAGCCACAGUCUGGAGUUCGGUUGUACGUGCCAUUCCUCAGACGCUUCAACAUGUUAGCCAGUCGGAAGAGUUUUUUAUUGCCGCUUUGUGGAUGUUCCGUUCCGUUGCGGAGAGAUCGCCUCGUGAUGUUAUCUUCAGCGAAUAUCUGAAAGAAUGGACCGGUGUUCUACUUGACCACAAGACUGAAGAGUUUGUUGGUCGUGAGACGGCUGACCCUUUGGUCAUUGGAAUUUCUGCUAUGCUCGAGUGGUGCCUUGAGCUCGCUACCAAUGCAAAUGUCACAUUGGAUUAUCUGGAUAUUGCCGAACAGAUCUUGAAUAAGUAUUUGUUCCCGGAUUUCUCACCCGAGACAACGGACAUCGCAGACCCCCGAACUCCAAUGAUGCAUAGCUACACACGGCAAAAAUUGUAUAGUGUUGUUACUAUGUUGUGCCAGCGGAGUGAUGAGACUUAUGGUCGAAUUCUGGAGCUUCUGGACACCAUCAUUCCUCGAGGUUUGGAGCCCCAUUUGGUUUCAUCUUCUGAUCAAGCUAACCUGGAACGCGCAGAUUCCUCGCAUCUAGGGUAUGCUUUCGAUAGAUCAGUGAUGAUUAGAUCCCCGGAAGGCUAUGCAGGGCUCAAAAAUCUUUCAAACACUUGUUACCUCAAUUCUCUCAUGACACAACUUUUCAUGAAUAUCGAGUUCCGCGACUUUAUUUUAAAUCUUCGCAUCGCCGAUCCAGUGUCACAAAAGCUCCUCUUUGAAACGCAGAAACUUUUCAUCUGGAUGCAAGAGACUUGGAGAAAGGCUAUUGAGCCACAGGAUUUCGUGGAAAGCAUUCGGACAUAUGACAACGAGCAAAUCGAUGUCACAGUCCAGAUGGACGUUGAUGAGUUUUACAACCUCCUAUUUGAUCGCUGGGAGGCUCAAGUCUUGGACACAGAAAAGAAGAAGUUAUUCCGAUCUUUCUAUGGCGGCCAGUUGGUUCAGCAGAUCAAGUCCAUGGAAUGCCCUCAUAUCUCGGAGAGAGAAGAGCCCUUCUCCGCUAUCCAGUGCGAGAUCAAGGGCAAAGCAACCCUUGAGGAGAGCCUGCGGGCCUAUGUGGCUGGCGAGACGAUGCAGGGCAAUAACAAGUACUCCUGUACCUCGUGCGGCCGACAUGUGGAUGCCGUGAAGCGCGCGUGUCUAAAAGAAGUGCCAGACAACCUCAUCUUUCACCUGAAACGGUUCGAUUUCGACAUGCUCACCAUGUUAAGAAGCAAGAUCAACGAUGAAUUCCAAUUCCCGCGCCACAUCGACAUGGCACCCUACACCGUUGAGCAUCUUGCUGAUCCAGACCAGCCCAUCGAACCAGAUAUGUUUGAACUGGUCGGUGUUCUUGUACACACUGGUACAGCUGAGUCUGGCCACUACUACUCAUACACCCUUGAGCGACCCUCGCCUGCUGGUGAAGCUUCAUGGGUCGAGUUCAAUGACUCGGAAGUCUCCAGGUUUGACCCAGCUUCCAUUUCAGAUCACUGUUUUGGUGGGUUUGAUCCUGCACAAUAUGGGAAUGGAACCGCCAAGGUCAAAGUGUGGAGCGCGUACAUGUUGUUUUACCAGCGUGUGUCCACCAUUGAGAAGUCCAAAUCCGCGUACAAGCCAUCAAAGCCGGACAUACCUGUGCAUGUCCCUGUGCCAGGCUCUAUCCAGAAUCAUAUUUCCAUGGACAACGAACUGCUCAUUCGGACUUACUGUCUUCUGGACCCUCAAUACGCAUUUUUUGUCGAGAAAUUGCUUCAGCGGUGGGUUGAAAUGGCCCCGGGCGACAACAAAGAUAGGGCCGAAACAUUAGUCUUGAACGUGGGAAUGGACACGAUCGAGCAAUUAGUAUCACGCACCAAAGAGCUCCAGGGCCAUCAGGAAAUCUUCCACGACCUUGUUGACAUGAUUCAGCGAAGCCCCGGCGCAGCCCAGUCAGCCCUUCGGUGGGUCUUUGACCGGCAAACGUCAAUGCGCAACAUCAUGAUGAGGACAACUGUUCCAGAGGUCAGGGCAAAACACAUCUCGCUCAUCAACCAUGCCUUGAGACAUCUCCAUUCCCUGUCAAACGAUCCGAAUACCGACGACGACGACCGGUACUCAUGGCGUAUUGAAUUCGAGACAGCAAUUUCAAACAUUGUGCCCUUGCUGGCAAACCUGUGGCCCAACGUACAAUGUGCUCCACGAGUCUGGGAGGACUACUUUGGAUUCUUCUGCAAGAUUUGCACAUACGGUCCAUUGGCCAUUCAAGUCCUGCUUGAGCAAGGUAUCUUUCUAUACUGUCUGCACAUCCUGUGGAUCGAUAACGAAGACAAGAAAGGCUUGCAAAUCCAAUAUCCCACCUACGUGCGGCUCAUGGACAAGGGCCGUCGUUUCUCAUACCUGAACUUGAUGUCAUUGUGCCUGAUAAUUUUCAAGCACAUUGAUCUUUCCCUCAAGCCAUCCCCCAUCGGCGAGAAGCGACGGUUCUUGGCCGAGACUGGCAAAUUCUCUCCCAGGGAGUGUGAACUGGAUAUGAUUCAACCUCUGGAAGAGGAUGGAUCUUUGUCUAUCUUGAUGAAAAUCUUCAAGCACUGGUCUGUUUCCAGAGUACAGGCCGCUCGAGGGAUUCUCGCAGUACUUUUGGACGGAGAGCCCGAGGCAGGCCUCCUAAACGCAAUUCACAAGUCGUUGGAAAAUGGCUUGAGAAUUGAUCCAGCUAUUGAGUGUGUCGCCUUUCUGGAGGCAGCUGUGACGUUCUGUCAGCAUUGUCCAGAUGAAAGCAGAGUGAACGAUAUCAUCACCUUCAUUGCAAAUGGAGUUGAGACCAUUGAUAGCAGUGGAGGCCAAGAACACAUGGACUUCUUCACCAAAAUUUGCGACAUCACAAACGAGAGAUUGGGAAUGGACUCCCGUGCUUUCACCAAGCUUAGUUUUGAUCAUCUCCCCGCAUAUGCUCCGACGCUACUCAUUGACAGAGUAGAUACCGUUCGACAGAACAUGAAGAGCAUUCUGAACGAGCUGUUCAAUGGUGAAGACAAGGAUGAGACAACUGAACUCGCAUACAUGCAGCAGGAUGGCGAAGGGUAUGAGCAGGGUGAAGAUGGUGAUUCCAUGUACAACAUCAUGCGUGAGGAGCGCUCUUCCCUUGGCCGUCGCCUCCAGAAGGCCUGCGUUGAGCGGGUCACGGCAGCGGUGAAAGACCAAAUUCGACCCAUUGAUGCCAGACAGCUGGACUGUAUUAUGUCCGUCAUCAACUACUGCCUGCACACAUUUUAUGGUGACAGCGAGGAAGAUGAAAAAGAAGUCAGGAAGACAAAAGAGCUUCUCAUCACUCUCGAAACAAUGUCCCUUCAAGAGACCGCCGAUGACGUCGCUUCCGACUCUGACGUAGCCUCUGUUGAAGAAUGGGAGAUGUCUGAUUCCGAGACAGGGGUUCGCGGAUCUCCUUGA